UGAGCAGUAGUUUUUGCAGGAGAUCCGCGGUGGGAUCCGCUCGCCUCGCCUCGUUUUCAACACGCUGGACUUUGAAGUGGAGAUAUUUAUUUUUCUUUUUUACGCGUCGCACUUGGAGCAGCGCAGUUUGGAGUUGGACAAUUAAAACAACAGCAAAAAACCAACAACAACAAGCCAGAAAGGGCUUCUUCUUCAGCCGAGCAAGUGAACAUGAGUCGCCCUGCACACGGGUUUCCUCCUUCGGUCGCGGAAAGCACCUGACGCAUCACCUUUUUUCUCCCUCCGGGUCGGAUCUUUCCUCCUCGACACGUCGGUCGUGCAGUUUUAUUUUCCAGAGAGUUUAUGGACCCAGGUGAUGAUCCAUGAUGCUUACUUAAAGCCCGAUCUGAGCUGAAACGCACCGUCGAAAGGCCCCGUGGAUGACAAGGUUCUGGCGGAUCUCCUUACAGAUGCUGACACCAUGGUGAAGGCAGAGCGGAGCCAGCCGGGGGAAUGCAGGGAGCGCCAGAAGGUCAAGGGAGGACAGGAUAAGCGAGGUGGUACAAAGAAAGGGAUGGAGGGAAAGAAUGGCUUGAGUGGAAAGAAAAAGAGAGACAAGAAAGACUUGCACCGUCAUAGAAAAAAGACAGUGACGACAGGAAAAGAAGAAGCGCUGGCCUGUUGCGUCCUGCUUACCCGUCUGGAGGAGAAAGAAGCUGCUGGUAAAGUCAGGAACGGGCCAAAAGUUCGAAAGCAGAAGAGCAUUGAAGUCAAAAAGAAGUUGCAUUUCAGUCGAACAAAGACCAAAUCUGGACUCAAGGGAACUUCCGCAGCCACUCAACAAGCACUGGAACCAAAAACGAACCAAUUUGGCGCCUUACCCGGCGAGCCGCGCAGGAGAAGGAUGGCCUCGCUCAAUGCCGAGGCCGUCAACAGCUUGCUGCUCUACAGAAACAGUUCCCUCAUGACAAAUCUCUCAAAGAAAGUACAGCCUCCCGCUGAGGAUCCAGGCAAAGACCUUGCUAAAACCAAAAAGGAUUCUUCAGGAGAGAAAGCGGUCCUGAAAGGAAAACCCAAAAAACAAAAGCAGUCAGCAGCUCAGGCUCAAAACAUCGACUGGUUGAGUAUAUUUGCUCCGACGCCGCGGCGUCAGGCGGGCCUCACCGCCGCAACGCUGCUCAGACUCACCAGCUCCCAGUAUGGAACCAAAAGACAAAAGAAGACAGAGUCUAAGCCGAGUGGUACCAGUGGACCAGCGGUCGACGCCGAUGACGGCGUAAAUGGCAACCCCACGUGUGAAGAAGCAACACAGACCAAAAAAAGAACACGUCCUAAACACGAGGAGAAACCCAAGCACAGAAAACAGGGCACAAAAGAUCCGGUCCACUCCCAGACGAACUCUACCCCACAAGGCUGCUGCGCUUUGUGUAAGACAGAACUUCCGGAUCCAGAGUGGAAAAGUGCCACAGGGGGGCAGCGCUGCCUCAAGCAUCCGUACCAUUGCAGGUCCUCUCUGGGAUUUCCAUUAAAGACAAUCAAGGAGGAGCAGAUGGAGGCGGAAGUGUCUUCCUGCUACUGCUGCUCCCAGGAGAGAUGCGUGGAGUACUGUCACAGACUGGCCCUCUUCCUGAAGGACAAGAGCUGCAGCGAACCGGAGGACGGCUCGCUGUCGGAAGUGUUUCACCACCACCAUCAUCACCACCAUCACCACCACCACCACCAUCUUCAGUCUCCACAUUCUGUGGGCCACCCAGCAGCCAUAACCAUCAGCCCUCACUCGUACACCUGCUUUCCAGGCUACUACGUCCACUUCAGCCAUCCAGACAGCUCCCCGGCACCAUUGCCACCCCUGACUUUAUGCCCGAGGGGCAGCAAGAGGCCGAAGCUGCUCCCUAGCACGGCGCCGCAACCUUCAGGGAUCAGCCAUCCGGUGUACUGCUGCACCUCGGUGGAGGCGUGCUACGGAGAGUCCUGCAGGAUUAACGGUUACACGGCUUAUUCCAGCGUGAUUCCAGCCAUCACCAGGGGAGGGUGCCCCUGCAGCCCCACAGACUGCAACAAAUGCAACCAAGGCAUCAAAAGAGAUGAAUACCCUUCAGCCCUCAGCGACCUCCAUGGCCCCCCCUCCAUCCCCGUUUGUCCCAGCCCCAGAGUCCUCACUGGCUGCCCCGUUCCCACAGUGCCUCCAGCCGGCCAAUCGGUGCCCCACGUGCAGUCUCCCCUGUCCGACCCCAGCCAGCCCCAGUCUCCGCCGCAGGUGGCCAAGGAGUGCCCGCAGAGUGCCAAAACACCCAGCGGGUCAAGGUCUAGCGCACGUGGCGGUUCGCCCGUCUCCCCUCUGAACAGGGACAAGAAGCAGAAGCUCGGCGCCGCCAACGUCGGAGUGCAAACAGUUGCCAAGCAGCUAAAGAACAGCCGGCAGAAACCCACCAACGGCUGGAGGCCAGUUGGCCUCCCCUUUGAGAGGGAGGUUUUUAUUGUGGGAGAGGAGAGUCUGGUGCUGAGGAAGUGUUUUGAGGGAAUCCACAGGGACGGCGACCUGAUUCGGGUCAGAGACACUGUUCUGCUGAAGUCUGGGCCGAGGAAAAAGACUCUGCCUUACGUGGCCAAGGUCUCCGCUCUGUGGGAGGAACCAGAGUCAGGAGAGCUGAUGAUGAGUUUGUUUUGGUACUACCGUCCAGAACACACACAGGGGGGAUGCAACCCCAGAGUGCAUUGUGAGAAUGAGAUCUUUGCAUCUCGUCACCAGGAUGUAAACAGUGUGGCCUGUAUUGAAGACAAAUGCUAUGUCCUAACGUUGGCACAGUAUUGUCGAUUUUGUGCCUUGGUGAAACGCCGCAGGGAAGGCGUGUCCAACAGUGCCGCUUCCCUCGUGGUCCCCCCCAUUGUUGGCAACGCCAUACCCACCCACCACUGUGUGCCCGACGACGUCGACCCAGAUGUGGUGUUUUUCUGUCGACACGUCUACGACUUCCGCUACGGACGCCUCCUCAAGAACCUGCAGUAGUAUCUGCCGGGAUGUGACACAAUAAUGCUGCAGGGUGUGAAGUAAUGUUACCUAGGUGUCAUCCUCCUUUUAUUUUAAUUAGCUACCUGCUGCCUAGUAUGAAGGAUUGAGAGCUUGUUUUUUUUGCUUUAAUAUCAUGUGUUCAUACUUAACAUGCCUCACGUUUAUUAAGUACACGUAACGGUCUGGCGUGAUGUAUACGAGUGGACGCGGCAGCGUAACCGGUCUUUAUCAUACGUGGUUCUGGUGUUGUAGCAGCUCUGUGAAGAACCUGGAACAUAGUCUGCUGUAGAAAAUGCUACUGUAGCUCUUAGAAAUGUGACAUUUGAUAGAUCUGCAGUUGAUGUUACAUGUAAGUAAAGCUACUCCGCCUGACAGAUAUCGGUCUUGUUAGGUGUCUUGAUGAUGCGUUAUAGUUCAGGAAAAUCUGGGGCAUAUCGUGAUACCCUGGUCCUCGUGAGCAGAGGAUGAGAAAUGUUUAUUUCUUAUUCUCUGACGACUUUAUCACAUCUCAUUAGGUUUUUCUGUAAUUUGCAGAUGCUAGAUGUCCAUCUGAUGGACUUUUCCGUGAAAGGGUUAAAUCCCCUCUAUUUAGCCUGCAUCUAGCAACUGUUGAGGAAACGUUGAAACAUGUGCUUAGUUUCUUUUUCAAGUUUGUUUUUUUUUAAGAAGAUUACUGAAUACUGAGUUAGAAACCACUAUGGUCUCUGUACAGUUAAUGUGAAGCCCAAUUACCGCUGGUUAGCAUCGCUUAGCACAAGAAAAGAAAAUGGCAAAUUUGAUGGCUUAGCUCCUGCGCUAACCUGUUGCUAAUGUCAGCUAUGUACUUACUGGAUACAGAUAUGUAGGUGUUAAACGUAACCUCAUUGAAGGGUUCAUCCACAAUAACUGUUUCUUUUUAAAACUUUCAUUAACCUUUAGUUGUGCUAGUACCUAGCAUCCACUGUUUUGUUUUUCCUGUUUAAAGUCUAAAGAGUCUAAAUCAGACUUUUGGAGAUGUUUUCAGGCCUGUUUCAUUUUGAAUGUGAUGGAGAAGUGUUAGUCGAGGUUAACUAGGAGCCUGGUAGCAUUUUAAAUUCCUGCUUUGAGUUGCCAGUCACGUUCUGUAAUGGCUAAUCGUUCUUCUGCAGUUCUCGCUGAGCAGAUUUUCAGUAAAAGAAGUGUCGUCAGUCAGUAGCCUGACCAGUUCUACCCAUUAAGAUCACGUAUAUUCUCUCACAAGAGCUGGCUCUGGUGUCCCCUCAGUUCCACGGCCACUUCCAACGGUACAGAACAUACCAGACCAAUCACAGUGGGGUGGGAGCAGGCUUUAUGCGAUGAAUCGUAAAGCCACUGUUCAAAACAAUCCACAGAUUUGCUAAUGACACUUUGGAUCAACAAGGUUUUACUGCAUAAUUGACGAGUCAUUCACAGUUCCUCAGUUACUCCACUGCAGGUCAUGUGGGAUGUCUUGUGUUGAUGCUAUCAUCACAUCCUUUGUUUAUCUGAUACACAAGUAUGCCUAUCCAACGGCGUCCCCGGGGGG